AUCCGGGUAUGUUUAAAUCAAAUGAACAUCAUUAUUGAUACACUUAAUGCUACCACGAAGUUUAUGUUGACUGAAAAAAUUGGAUAUGAUGAAACUGGCAUCUGGGUUGGAGCUUAUGGGUCGAUUAUCAACGAACAUGUGGACAUUGCAACAACUCCUUAUUUUAUAUUGUUACAUCGCUUACAUCUUUUGGAUUACAUUGAUACCCUUGGAACUGGUCGUGCAUACUUCGUAUUUCGUUUCCCCAACUUGUCGUCCGUCGCCAACAUUUACGUUCUCCCAUUUUCGCGUUUGGUGUGGAUUUGUCUCGUGAUCUGUGCAAUUCUUUGUGUCAUUGCCACAUAUUUCAUACUUAAAUUUGAGGACAAAAUCAUCAAAAACUCACAAAAAAAUUCAAUAAGCGACAUUGCGUUGAUGACUUUUUCUGCAAUCUGUCAAAUGGGAUCCGAGAUUGAAGCAAAAUUAUUUUCCUCGAGAAUUUUUUACUUCUUUUUGUACAUAACUUUCGUCUUUGUUUACACUUCGUACACGGCAAAUAUCGUGGCGCUCCUACAAACGCCCACCAAAAGCAUUCAGACGCUUGAGGAUCUGUACAAUUCGAAGCUUAAACUCGGUGUCGAAGAUAAUCUUUAUAACCGAUACUAUAUGCCACGAACAACCGAUCCAAUUCGCCUCAAGAUCUAUCGCGAAAAAAUUGCUCCGCCAAAUUCACCACCGAAUUUCGUAGACUUGAAGACGGGAGUUGCUCUCUUACGGAACUCAUCUUAUGCCUAUUUCGCGGAAGGAGGCUCGCUCUACACAGAAAUGGAAAGAACCUUUUUCGAGGGAGAGAAAUGCAACUUGAACGAGAUUGAGUAUUUGGAGAUUAUUGAUCCGUAUCAAGCUUUGAAGAAAAAUUCGCCCUUUCGAGAAAUCAUGAAAACAAACUUGCCAAAAUUACGAGAAUUUGGCAUCCAAAAAGUGGAAGUCAAUCGUAUGAUUACGAAGCGUCCGCAAUGUGUGGUUGCAAGUGGAUCUCAGUUCGAAAGUGUCUCGUUGGAAAGUGUGAGGGGAGCAAUUUUGUUGUUGCCAUUUGGAGCAUUGAUGGCUACAAUUUUAUUUGCUGGAGAAAUGUUGCGAUCGUUGACGAUUAAGAGAAAAAUUUAUAAUGCGAAUCCUAAAAUAACGAUUGAUCAAUAA